GAAUCCCUUUGCAUGAUAUCGCAUUGAAUUUUGGAUUCGAUUGAAACAAGAGUCACUCACCAUGUACAGCCGCAAGCUGAGCCGCAUGCAUCGGCCGCCCUCGGACACCAGGAAAUACGAUAAUGAGCCGUACUUGAAGAAUCCCCUGCUCAAGUUCCACAUCUCUGAGGUCCACGAGCGUCGACACUAUCAGUUCCUUAAGCAAAAGGCGGCUGACGUGAAGGUGAGAAUUGCCCGCCAGUCUUGGCAUCCCGAACCGGACAUCCGGCCGCUGCCGCAGUCCCAUUACGUGGACAACCUGCGGCGCGAGGUGCGCAAGAUAAUCGUACCGCCAAUGCUGCGCAAGACAGAGGCCAAGAUAUUGAGCUUCGCCUCGGAACGGUUGCGGCGCAGAUACCCAGAGAUGGUGGACUCGUACAUGAAGGAUGUGCAUGAGGAGUUCAACCGCCUGAUGAAGAUCUACAGCAUGAAAAACAUACUGCGCCACCCUGAGUUCUCCGACGAAGACCCAUCCAACUUUGAGUUGCCCCACGCAGACAUCCAUUUCAAGCGUCCCGGUCGCACGGGCAACUACAGCGUUUACCUGGAGAACCGCCGAAAGAUUGGCCUGAAGCUGCUCAUCCUGCAGCUGCCCAUGCGCGCCGUACUGAACAUAUCGGUGUCGGAUCUGCCAAACGUCGUCUGCAUCUUCAAGUACGUAAGCGCCACGGGCGCCCAGCAGCAGCAGAUGGGGCUGUGCGGACGCGAAGCACUCUCCUACAAGUUCUACCGCAAGUACAUCCAAAACCAGCUGGACAAGGUGAACACCUUUCUUCGGUGGACUUGGUAUCCCAAGCUGGUUAUUGUGUUGCGGAAGAUGCUGCGCAAGCGGGUGAUGCCUCCGGCCUUGUGGAAGCGUGCUUGGAGCGGGUUGGAGGGACUGAUGAACCGGGAGCUAAACAACAUGAAGAUGCGAACAUUUAUUGAAAUGUUUCGCAUCUGUAGCGAUCCACGUACGAUGCCCAUGUUCCGUAUGUCCUUGGAGUGGACCGAGACCUCCGGCGACCUGGACACGCGGCCCAACCUCUUUAGCAUUCUACGCACCUUUGCUGAGAUCGCCACGGAGAUCUCGAUGGUCGGCUAUCGCAUGGAGCCGCUGCAACCUCAGGUGGAAACCCUCACCACAAUGGCCGCGUACGCCAAGGUCAGUGACUACCUCAAGAUCGAGAUGAACGACAACUCCCUGAAGGAUGUUAUUGACAACGUUCAAAAGAUCAUUAUUGCCACCUACGACGAGGUCACACAGUUCAUAGAGAACUUUAGAAGCAAGUACCAUGCCCUGUUCUCGUGGGAGGAGCGUGAGGCUCUGAACAUCUUUCUGGCCGAGCCGCAUGAGUUCGAGGAGUACUUUGCUCGGAUCGACAUCUACUACGAGUUUAUCAAUAUGCUCCGCAGCGAGCCAGCGACCGAGUACUUUGUGAUGGCCAUCAUCCACAACGAGCCUGCGAUCCAGGGCCUCCGCAAUUUGGCAGAGAAUUUGAUUGCCGAAAUCACCGUCAUCAUUAUACGAGAGCACAUCAAGGCUGAGGAGGAGAUUUGCGAGGAGUUCGAGAAGAUUAAAUACCGCGCUCUAGAGAUACCAAAGUCCACGGAGGAGCUACUUGAGAGCGCCGACUAUAUGAUCCAUGUAAAGACGGUGAAGCUUGCCGAGCUGACGGAUCGCAUCCAUUACUGCCUCCAGGUGGGCACCAACAUUGUCGAGCUGAGGGAAAUGUCCAAGUAUCAUUUCGAUCUGACUAUCAAGACCAUCACCUGGAUCAAGGUCAUCAACGAGAUAUGCGAGUACAACGCCUCCCAGCAGGAACAGUUCAAGUUCCUCUUCGAGGAGCAUCUGCAGGAGGUGGUGAAAAAGCUUAAUACUGAUAUUGAGGAAAUGCUGCCCAAGUUGGCCAUCAUCGACGAUAUGAGCAGGCCGGAGAAGUUUCGCGACAGCUAUAUAAUCCUGCAGAACUUUAUUGAUCAGCUGAAAACCUUUGACGACUACGUCGCCUGGAUUAACAAGGAGGAGAAGCUAUUCAAGGUGGCCCAAACCGAAUAUCCCACGCUGGAGGUGAUCAAGUCCUUUGUCUAUCCAUUUGCAGAGCUAAUGAAAUGUUGCAUUGACUGGCAGCGCUAUUUGAACGUGUGGCGGGAUGGACCCUUUGAGUAUUUGGAGCCCAAGUUUGUUGAAUCGACAACCGACAAUUAUUUGAAGGAGUUCCAGAAGAACCAGAAAUACUACCGCGUCAAGAUCAAACAGGAUCUCAUUGACAAUCCCGUUUGCAAAUUUAAGGGUCAAACUGAAGAUCCCGAUCCGGCUAAGCAUCCAGUGCCGUUGCGGCUGUGCACUUCGAUGAUUCAGUCCAUCAAAGACUUCACCACUGGUGUCUUUGUGGUCAACAUCAUGUGCAAUCCGGCUCUAAGGAAGCGCCACUGGAAGGAGAUGUCUGAAAUUGCCGGCUUUGAUGUCACACCGGAUGCGGGCACUACCCUGAGAAAGAUUCUCGACUCUGGACUGGAUAGCAUUCUGGAUCAGUUUGAGAUCAUCAGCAUCAGUGCAAACAAGGAGCUGCAGCUGUGGAACGCCCUUCAGGCAAUGAUCAAGGAAUGGGAGAACAAGGUCUUCCCCACGGGCCCAUACAAAGAGACGGGUGUGACGAUCCUUAAUAGCCUGGACGACAUCCAGGCGCUGCUCGACGACCACAUUCUCAAGACGCUGACAAUGCGCGGCUCGGCGUUCAUGAAGCCCUGCGAGGAGGAGGUGCGCGCCUGGUACGAGAAGAUAAUGCGGGUCAACGAGACGCUUGACCAGUGGGGCAAAGUGCAGGCCAACUACCUGUACCUGCUGCCCAUUUUCUCCUCCAAGGACAUCGUGGCUCAGAUGCCGGAGGAGGGUCGCCUGUUCACCAUUGUGGAGCAGACCUACACCCGCAACAUGGGCCUGGUGCUGCGCCAGCCGCUGGUGAUGGAGACGGCACCAGCAUCUGGGCUGCUGGAAUCCUUGCAGAAGGCCAACGAACUGCUCGAGGAUAUAUCGACGGGUGUGAGCAAUUACCUUGAGAAGAAGCGCCUCUUCUUCCCGCGAUUCUUCUUUCUGGCCAACGACGAGAUGUUGGAGAUCCUUUCGGAGACGAAGGAUCCGCUGCGCGUGCUGCCGCAUCUGAGCAAAUGUUUCGAGGGCAUUAACAGCCUGGAGUUCGACUCGAGCAAGAAUGUCCUGGCAAUGAUCAGCAGCGACAAGGAGCACAUUGAGUUCAUAGAGCCUGUCUCCACGAUGGCUGCCGGCGGUAGCGUGGAAAAGUGGCUCAUCGGAGUGGAGGACGAGAUGCUGAAGGCGGUUCGCAACCAGAACGAGCUCUCCUUCGGCCACUAUCCCAAGGUGAAGCGGCAUGAGUGGGUGCUGGAGUGGCCCCAAAUGGUGGUGCUGGCCAUCUCGCAGGUAUACUGGGCCGCCAAAAUGCACGGCUGCCUGCGUCGCACUUUCGGCACCAAUCAGGCCGUUAUGGCCAACUUCUUUCAGGAGCUGUCCAAGGAGUUGAACGACAUUGUGGCCCUCGUGCGUUCGCCCGUGAUCAGCAACCUCAACAGGAUCACCAUCAAGUCCCUGAUAGUCAUCGAUGUGCACGCCAAGGACGUCACCGAGGAGCUCAUUCGGCUGAAAAUCAACAGUGAAUACGAUUUCCAGUGGCUAGCCCAGAUGCGCUACUACUGGGAGGAUGAAAAGACUCUGGUGAGGAUCAUAAACGCCACCGUACCUUUCGCCAACGAGUAUUUGGGUAACUCGGAUCGGCUGGUGAUCACCCCGCUCACGGACCGCUGCUACCGCACCCUGGUUGGCGCCUACCAGCUCCAUCUGAACGGAGCCCCAGAGGGUCCUGCGGGCACCGGCAAGACUGAGACCACCAAGGACCUGGCCAAAGCCCUGGCCGUCCAGUGCAAGGUCUUCAACUGCUCCGACGGACUGGACUACAAGGCCAUGGGCAAGUUCUUCAAGGGCCUGGCCUCGUGUGGCGCCUGGGCCUGCUUUGACGAGUUCAACCGCAUUGAGCUAGAGGUGUUGUCGGUGGUGGCCCAGCAGAUUCUUCUCAUUAUCCAGGCGGUGCGGGCCAAUGUGAGCAAGUUCAUGUUUGAGGGCACAGAGCUGAUGCUUAAUCCCGCCGUCUACGUCUGCAUCACCAUGAAUCCCGGCUACGCGGGUCGCUCGGAGUUGCCCGACAACCUAAAGGUCCUGUUCCGAUCCGUAGCCAUGAUGGUACCGGACUACGCCAUGAUCGGUGAGAUAUCCCUCUACUCGUACGGAUUUGUGGACGCCCGCAAGCUGGCCGUCAAGAUCGUGACCACCUACCGGCUUUGCUCGGAGCAGCUGUCCAGCCAGAACCACUACGACUACGGCAUGCGGGCGGUGAAGACAGUUCUCUCUGCUUGCGGCAACAUCAAGAAGCAGUAUCCGGACGAGCUGGAGGACAUCCUGCUGCUGCGCAGCCUGAUCGACGUGAAUCUGCCGAAGUUCCUGUCAUUCGAUGUGCCGCUCUUCGAGGGUAUAAUCUCGGACAUCUUCCCGGGCAUCAGUCUGCCGCACAUCGACUACAGUCUCUUCGAGACCGAGUUCAAGCGUGUCUGCCUGGAGGAGGUGCUGGAACCAGCCCCAUCAUUCCUCACCAAGGUCAUCCAAACGUACGAGAUGAUCAUUGUCCGGCACGGCUUCAUGUUGGUGGGCGAACCGCUGGCAGGCAAGUCCAAGACGCUGCAGGUCCUGUCCAAGGUCAUGUCUGCGCUGAAGAUUAAGGCUCCGCAAAAGAGCAGCUACUUCCAGCACGUGCUGAUGGGCAUCAUGAACCCUAAGUCAAUCACCAUGAACCAGCUAUACGGCUCCUUUGAUCCCAUAUCCUACGAGUGGACCGACGGCCUGGUGGCCAAGAUUUUCCGCGAGUUUGCCAUGACACCCACGCCAGACCGCAAAUGGGUGAUCUUCGAUGGUCCCGUGGAUGCUGUGUGGAUUGAGAACAUGAACACGGUGCUGGACGACAACAAGAAGCUGUGCUUGACCAGCGGCGAGGUGAUCACUAUGUCGCACGAAAUGUCCAUGAUCUUUGAGGUGAUGGAUCUGGCCCAGGCAUCGCCUGCCACCGUCUCCCGCUGUGGCAUGAUCUACAUGGAGCCCUCGACGCUGGGCUGGCGUGCCUUCGCUAACAGCUGGCUGAAGAAAGCAGAUCCGCGGUGGGCCGACGAGGAGGGCGUCGAGUAUGUGUCGGCCAUGCUGCAGUGGCUCCUGCCACAGUGCCAGACAUUUGUCCGUCGUAAUUGCAGCCAGUUCGUCCGGUCGGGGGAGUUCAACUGCAUGCUGACGACCUUUGACCUGAUCGACAUGCUGCUGGACGAGGCCAUCGAAGAGAACCCGGAAGAUUACCAGAAGUACAUCGUGGGCUACUUCCAGGCCGCCAUUUUGUUCGCCCUGGCCUGGGGCGUUGGCGGAAUUCUGGACACGGCCUCGCGAGACAAAUUUGAUGCGUUUUUGAGAAAGAUCUAUGACGGUGAGGAGGCAAACCCACCAGAGUUUCUGGGAAAAAUGGAGGUGACUCCGCCCGUGGAGGGUCUGCUCGUGGAGUACGUAUACGUGUUCAAGCAGCGCGGGACGUGGCGCUACUGGCCGGAGCUGGCCAAGCGCAUGGAUGUGGAGGAGACGAAGACGGGCGUUAUUGUACCGACUGUGGACACGGGCCGCUAUGUGCACCUCCUCAAGAUGCACGUGAAGCACAAGAAGCGGAUGCUGCUAGUGGGCCCCACGGGCACCGGCAAGAGCGUCUAUGUGCAAAACUAUCUGAUGAACAAGCUGAACCAGGAGGAGUACGAGUCGGGUUUCAUCACCUUCACGGUGAUGAUCACGGCCAACCAGUGUCAGGAACUACUCAUCUCGAAGCUGCAGAAGUGGAAGCGUGGCAUCUACGGACCGCCCAAGGGUAUGCAGAGCGUCCUCUUCGUCGACGACAUGAACAUGCCCGUGAAGGAGGUGUACGGGGCACAGCCGCCGUUGGAGCUGCUGCGCCAGUACUUUGACUACGGGCACGUGUACGAUCUGAAGGACGCCUCCAAGCUGUACAUCCACGAUGUCCUGAUCAUGGCCGCCUGCGGCUUGCCGGGUGGCAGUCGCCAGGACGUCUAUGCCCGCUUCCUCAACCACUUCAAUGUGUUCUCUAUCAACACCUUCAGCGACGACAGCAUGUUCCGCAUCUUCCUAAAUGUGGCGCUCAGCGGCUUCCGGCGCUCCGGCCACGGCCAGGACGUAUUCUUGGUCACCAAUCAGAUCGUCAGUGCCACCCAGAGCAUAUAUAAGAGCGUCCAGUCCGAGGUACGGGCUACUCCGGCCAAGAGCCACUACGUCUUUAAUCUGCGAGACAUCUCGCGCGUCGUCACCGGCUGCACCCUGGUGCGCAAGGAAUCCGUCAAUGACAAGAAGGUGCUUGUGCGCGUGUGGUACCACGAGGCAAUGCGAGUUUUCUUCGACCGUCUUGUGGACGACACAGACCGCAAGUGGAUGUUCGACAAGCUGAACGACUGCCUGAAGGCCAACUUCAAGGACAAGGUUGAGAAUAUCUUCGACAAGUACUGCGUCCAGGUGGGAGACGAACAGGUGUUUAGCAUGGAGACCGCCAACAACGUGUUCUUUGGCGUCUACUUCGACGAAGACAGUGUGCCGGACGAGCGGCGCUACGAGGAGGUGCCCAGCGUGGAGGUGUUCCUAAAGGUGGCUCUGGACAGCCUCGAUGACUACAACUCGACACGCCGCUCCAAAAUGGACAUCACCCUGUUUACCUUCGCCCUGCAGCACUUGAAUCGCAUCUGCCGCAUCAUCUCCAUCCAGGGAGCGAGCGCAUUACUAAUUGGUUUGGGGGGAUCGGGCCGCCAGUCGCUUACGAAGCUGGCCACCAACAUGGUACAGACUUCGUUCUUCCAGCCUGAAAUCACCAAGAAUUACGGGGCCAAUGACUGGCAUGACGACAUCAAGGUGAUCCUCAAGGAAGCGGGGGGAAUGAAUAAGCACACAACCUUCCUGAUAACUGAGAACCAGAUCAAGAUGGAGCUCUUCCUGCAGGACAUCGAUUGUCUGCUGAAUCAGGGCGAGGUGCCCAACAUCUUUCCCAUCGACGAGAAGCAGGAGGUUCUGGAGAUGGUACGUCUGGCCGCCCAGGGCGGCAACCGCAACAUUGACGUGUCGCCACUGCAGGUCUUCUCGUUUUUCGUGAACCGCUGCAAGCAGAAGCUGCACAUCGUCCUCAGCUUCUCGCCCAUCGGGGAUGCCCUGCGUACGCGUGUCCGCCUGUAUCCAUCACUGGUCAACUGCUGCACCAUCGACUGGUAUGACAGCUGGCCGGAGGAGGCGCUCCAGAUGAUCGCCAGAAUGUCUCUGGUGGACGUGAACGUGCCCUCCGAGGAGAUUAAAAUGGCCAUUGUCGACACCUGCCAGUACUUCCACACGACAGCAGCCCGGGCCACGCGCGCCUUCUGCCAGUUAAGCGGGCGCCACAUCUACCAGACAAACGCCUCCUUCAUCGAGCUCAUCCGCUCCUUCCAGACUCUCAUCGACCUGAAGCAGAGCGAGACGAUGUUCGCCAAGAUGCGAUACAUCGGGGGCCUGGACACGCUUGCCAAUGCAGCUGCCGCCAUCUCCAUUAUGCAACGCGAUCUGAACGCCCUGCAGCCGAAGCUGGUGGCCCUGGCGGAGGCCUCCCGCAAGAUGAUGCUCGAGAUCAACAAGGAGACCCUGGCGGCAAGUGCAGCCGCCGAGCAGGUGAAACGGGACGAGGAGGUGGCCUCCGUGCAGGCCGUAGCGGCGCAGGUGCUGAAGAACGAGUGCGAAAAGGAUCUGGCCAAGGCCAUUCCCGUCCUGGAGGAUGCCCUGGCCGCCCUCAACACACUGAAGCCCGCGGAUAUCACGCUCGUAAAGUCAAUGAAGAACCCACCGUCGGUCAUCAAGUUGGUUAUGGCGGCGGUGUGCGUGAUCAAGGCUAUACCGGCGGAUCGUGUACCCGAUCCCUCGUCGGGCAAGAUGGUGCAGGACUACUGGGGGCCCAGCAAGCGGCUGCUGGGCGAGAUGAACUUCCUGCCCGCUCUCAAGGAGUUCGAUAAAGACAACAUUCCGGUGGAGAUCAUGAAGCGCAUCCGCAAAGAGUUCAUCCCGAACAAGGACUUUGAUCCCAAGGUGGUGGCCAAGGCCUCCAGUGCGGCCAAGGGUCUCUGCCAGUGGAUCAUCGCCAUGGAUAUGUACGACGACGUGGCCAAAGUGGUGGCUCCCAAAAAGGCCAAGUUGGCCGGCGCAGAGAAGGAGUACGCGGACACAAUGAGCUUUCUGGCCGAGAAGCGUGCUCUGGCCGCCGCCCUCGAGGAGAAGGUGGCCCUGCUCAACAUAGAGCUGGACAAGGCCAACGAGGAGAUGAAGAAGACCGAGGAGCAUGCCGAGAACUGUCGCAACAAGCUGCUGCGUGCCGAGGCCCUCAUUGGAGGCCUGGGUGGUGAAAAGUCGCGCUGGAACAAAGCGGCCGACGACCUGCAGGAGCUAUACGACCAUCUGCCCGGCGAUGUGCUCCUCUCGUGCGGCAUCAUUGCCUACCUAUCGGCAGUGAAUCUGCAGUCGAGGACAGAGUGCGUGAACGACUGGUUCCAGAAGGUGACGAAGCUAAAAAUUCCCUGCUCCAAAAAGUACUCCAUCACGGAGGUGCUCGGGCUGGAGGUGACAAUCCAGAACUGGCAGCUAGAUGGCCUGCCCAACGACGAGUUCUCCAGCGAAAAUGCCAUCAUAGUGUCCAGCUCCAGUCGCUACAGCCUCUUCAUCGAUCCCCAGGGGCAGGCCAACAACUGGCUGAAGAACAUGGAGCGCAAGAACCGCCUGAACUGCGUCAAGUUCAAUCAGGGCAACUACAUGCGUAUCAUCGCAGAGGCCAUGGAGUACGGCACUCCUGUGAUCAUCGAGAACGUGCAAGAGGAACUAGAGGUGCCUCUGGACCCCAUUCUGAUGCACCAGACCUUCAUCCAGGGCGGCGUCAAGCACAUCAGCCUUGGUGAGGCGGUGGUGCCACUGUCACCCAACUUUCGGCUCUAUAUGACCUGCAAUCUGCGUAAUCCGCACUUCCUGCCGGAGACCUUCAACAAAGUGACGGUGAUUAACUUUGCGCUCACCCAGAACGCACUGAUGGACCAGCUGCUGAGCAUUGUGGUGGCCAAGGAGCGGCCGGAUCUGCAGGAGCUGCGCAUCACCCUCACCACAGAGGCGGCGGCCAACAAGGGGGCACUGCGGGAUGCCGAGAACCUGAUCCUGAAGACGCUAUCUGCCAGCGAGGGGGACAUUCUAGAGAACGAAGCGGCCAUCCAGAUUCUGGGCGAGUCCAAGGGCCUAUCCAAAGACAUCCAGGAGAAGCAGGAGGCGGCUAAAGAGACGUCCGCGAAGAUUGAGGCCUUCCGGCUGAACUACAAGCCGGUGGCAGUGCAUUCCUCUAUUCUGUACUACUCCAUCACUGAUCUGCCCAACAUCGAUCCCAUGUACCAGUUCUCUCUGAAUUGGUAUAUCAACCUGUACAUGUACUCCAUCGACACCGCCAACAAGUCCAAAGAUCUGCCACGACGCAUCAAGUUCCUGGUGGAUGGGUUCACCAAGAACUUGUACAACAACGUUUGCCGGUCCAUCUUCGAAAAGGACAAGCUCCUGUUCUCAUUCAUCCUCACCGCUCGCGUCUUGUUGGGCACGGGCCAAGUGGAGAUGCGUCAUCUAGCACACCUGGUCACCAAUGCGAAAGAAUCCAGCCACAUGCCGCCCAAUCCCGAUCACAGCUGGAUCACAGAGACCGUCUGGCUGAAUGUGCUGCGGCUGGAGGAGCUUAAGGAGCUGCGUGGGAUUGUGGACGCGUUUCGGAAGAACCUGUCCGCCUGGCAGGCCAUCUACGACCACGCCUCGCCGGAGCUGCAACCUUUGCCUGCACCCUGGAACGACAAGACCACUGCCUUUGAGAAGAUCAUCGUGCUGAAGGCCCUGCGACCGGACUCUGUCUUCCUAGCAGUUCGCAACUUCAUCGCCCUCACCAUCGGGGAUCAGUUCGUGUCGCCGCCAGAGUUUGACAUUUCCAAGUCUUAUGCCGAUUCGACGGCCCUGACUCCACUCGUGUUCAUCCUCUCGCCGGGUGCUGAUCCACUGGGCUCCCUGCUGGCAUUCGCCGAGAAAAUGGGCCAGGAGGAGACCUUUCAGAGCAUCUCGCUGGGCCAGGGCCAGGGCCCGAUUGCCACAGCCCUUAUCAAGAGCGCCCAGGAGAUGGGCUACUGGGUGUGCCUGCAGAACUGCCACCUGGCCGCUUCUUGGAUGCCCGCCCUGGAGUACAUGUGGGAGAACAUGGACACCUUCAACACCGUUCCCAACUUCCGCCUCUGGCUGACUGCCUACCCCACGCCUCAGUUUCCUGUGACUAUUCUGCAAAACGGCGUAAAGAUGACAAAUGAACCACCGACUGGGCUGAGGGAGAACCUGAUGCGCUCCUACAACUCGGAGCCAAUCAACGAGUACGAGUUUUAUGCGGGCUGUGCCAAGCAGGAUCGCGCCUUCACUCGGUUGCUGUACGGCAUCUGCUUCUUCCAUGCGGUGGUGCAGGAGAGACGCAAAUACGGACCGCUCGGCUGGAACAUCGCCUACGGAUUCAACGAGUCUGAUCUCCAGAUCUCUGUGCUGCAGUUGAGCAUGCUUCUCAACCAAUAUGAGCACGUCCCGUACGAUGCCAUCUCGUAUCUGACCAGCGAAUGCAAUUAUGGCGGCCGUGUGACGGACAACUGGGAUCGACGCGCGAUCGUCACGAUUCUGGCGGACUUUUGUAAUCCCCAGGUGGUGGCCGACAACCGGUACAGGUUCGCCACAGACGACCGCUACAUACUGCCCCGCAAGAUGGAGCACCGCGAGAUGCUGCGCUACCUGGAGGACAACAUACCAUCUCUGGCGCCGCCCGAGGUGUACGGUCUUCACGCAAACUCGGGUAUAACGCGAGACCUGCAGACCACAAAGACACUGCUGGACUCGAUGAUCCUGCUGUUGGGCAGCGAGGCGGCGGGCACUGCAGGCGCCGGAGUCAGUGCGGAGCAGAUAAUUCUGAACACCAUAAAGCAGAUUGGGGAAGAUAUGCCGGCGGACAUGGACAUUGAGGCGGCAGCCGAGAAAUAUCCCGUGGACUACAAUGAGUCUAUGAACACGGUGGUGGUGCAGGAAAUGGAGCGCUUCCUUAAGCUGCAGAAGGAGAUACGGGCUUCCUGCAGGGACCUGGCCAUGGGAAUCAAGGGCAUAAUUGUCAUGACCCCCGAUCUGGAGAAUGUCAUGACGGCCAUGAAAUUCAAUCGCAUACCGCUCAAGUGGAUGUCCAAGUCGUAUCCCAGCCUCAAGCCGCUGGGAUCCUAUGUCCAGGAUCUGUACAAGCGCCUCAACUGGCUGUUCCACUGGUACAUGCACGGCAAGCCACCCACCUUCUGGCUAUCCGGUUUCUUUUUCACGCAGGCCUUCCUCACGGGUGCCAUGCAGAACUUUGCCCGCAAGUACAAGAUACCCAUCGACACGCUGACCUUCGACUAUGAUGUGCUCAAGGUGGAGACGAAGGCGACGCCCCCAGACGAUGGCGUCUACUGCAACGGUCUGUUUGUGGAGGGGGCGCGCUGGGAUUGGGAGCAUAACAUGCUGGUGGAACAAUACCCUAAGAUACUCAUCUAUAUUAUGCCCGUCAUCUUUUUCCGGCCCGUGCUCAUUUUGGACCUAGUUGAGGGAACACGCUAUAAGUGUCCCCUGUACAAGACGGGCGAGCGCAAGGGCACGCUCUCCACGACGGGACACUCGACUAACUAUGUGGUGCCGCUUCUGCUCAAUACCCAGGCGAAACCAUCGCACUGGGUGAAGCGGAGCGUGGCCCUCAUCUGCCAGACAAACGACUGAGAGAAUGGUAUU